AUGACAAGGUCAGCGACUCCGACGCUUCCUCUGCACAAGGCGCACAUUUCAAGACCGCAGUCCACAUCUCCAGUGCCCUCGACCCUCCGCAAUCACACCUCUUCGUCCAUCACCUCUGCCUACUCCCUCCUCGAGCCACAACAGGUCGCUGAGCGCCUGAAUACCUCCCUCACCCAUGGCCUCUCUCCAGCUGAGGCUGAAGCCCGACUGUUGCGAGAUGGCCCCAAUGAGCUCCCGCACGAGGACCCGGAGCCAUUGUGGCUGCGAUUCUUGAAACAAUUCAAGGAAACACUGAUCUUGCUUCUGUUGGCGUCUGCUGGGAUCUCCUUUUUCAUGGGCAAUUACGAUGAUGCCGUAAGCAUCACCCUUGCCGUGACCAUCGUGGUCACAGUAGGAUUUGUUCAGGAAUACCGGUCCGAAAAGUCGCUCGAAGCGUUGAACCGCCUUGUUCCCCAUUACGCACAUUUGAUUCGCAAUGUCGCUGCCGAGAACGGCAAUGAUUACAAAACGACCAGGAGCGCAACUGCAGCCAACGAGUAUGAGAUGCAGGAUUUGAGACAAGGCAGCCUGACCCCCGUUUCAGCUGCCCUCAAAGCUGCGACCACGGUGCCUGCAAGCCAAUUGGUCCCGGGCGACUUAGUCUUGUUUUCUACAGGUGACCGGAUUCCUGCCGAUAUCCGGAUCACUGCAGCCACAGAUUUGUCCAUCGACGAAUCGAACUUGACAGGAGAGAAUGAGCCAGUCGUGAAGUACUCAGAAGCCUUACGGGGGCAACCUCUCUCUGCCAAAAAAGAGAUCACUCCUCCCGAGUCACCGCUGUAUGAAACGUCGGCAGCGGGCACCGUAGGAGCGGAUGUCCGCUUGAACGAGCAGCACAACAUCGCCUUCAUGGGGACCUUGGUGCGUUCCGGUUAUGGGCAGGGCAUUGUGAUUGCUACCGGUCCCAACACGGAGUUUGGUAGCAUCUCUGCCUCACUACAGGAGAUUGAGAGCCCUCGAACUCCACUCCAGCUCUCCAUGGAUCGACUAGGCCAGGAGCUGAGCUAUGUUUCCUUUGGGGUAAUUGGUUUAAUUGUUGUCAUUGGGCUCUUGCAAGGGCGGAAGAUACUGGAGAUGUUCACAAUUGGCGUGUCUCUGGCAGUCGCUGCUAUCCCAGAGGGUCUUCCCAUCAUCGUCACUGUCACUCUCGCCCUGGGUGUCCUCCGCAUGGCGAAGAGAGGAGCCAUCAUGAGGAGACUGCCGAGUGUCGAGACUUUGGGCUCAGUCAAUGUCGUGUGCAGUGAUAAGACUGGCACACUAACGAUGAAUCACAUGACGGUCACCAAGAUGUGGCAUUUUGACUGUCCCGAGCCUUUCGAAGUCCAUAGCGAUAUUGCUUCACUGACCCCGAGUCCUGCUGCACGAAAAAUCCUCCGGGUGGGCAACAUUGCGAACAAUGCACGGCUGUCGCGUGUCCACGCCAACUCUCCUGCGAGCGCCUCCUCUGCCGCUGUGCUUUCGUCGACUGCUGAUAGCUCCUCCGAGUCCAAAAGCAGAUGGGUUGGGCAACCCACUGACGUUGCCAUCCUGGACCUCCUCGAUGCUUUUGGAGAGGACGACGUCCGGGAUCGGAUCAGUGCUCGCGUUGCGGAAACCCCGUUCAGCUCGGAGAGGAAAUGGAUGGGUGUCAUCAUCGGUGGAGGCAUGUCGGGUGACUCUUCCUUUUCACAAGGAGGCAGCGAUAUGGCGUACAUCAAGGGUGCUUUGGAACAGGUGCUUAUUCGGUGUGACACUUACUUGACCAAAGAUGGUCGCGAAGUGAUUCUAGAUGAGCCCAGGCGGAAGGCUGCCAGACAGGCAGCUGAGCAAAUGGCAUCAGAAGGACUCCGAGUCCUCGCGUUUGCUAGCGGACCAGUAAGGGAAUCGGGCAGGAGUCAUCGGAGAGUGGGGAGCCGAGGUUCUACGCCCCCUGGGAUGCUAGGUCAGACUGAGGAUGACAGCCGAUUCAGCGGUCUAGUUUUCGCUGGGCUAGUUGGCAUGAACGAUCCUCCACGAAAGGACGUCCACAAGUCCAUCCGACGGCUCAUGGCUGGCGGUGUGAAGGUGGUUAUGAUCACUGGUGAUGCAGAAUCCACAGCGGUAGCAAUUGCAAGGAAACUGGGUAUGCCUGUCAACGACUCACCGGAAGGACAUUCUGUCCUUCGAGGAGACCAGAUUGAUCGCAUGAGCAUGGGUGAGCUUGCAGAGGCGAUCUCGACAAUUACCAUCUUUGCCCGCACCAGUCCAGAGCACAAGAUGAAGAUUGUGCGUGCUUUCCAGUCACGUGGAGACGUUGUGGCCAUGACUGGAGACGGGGUGAACGAUGCUCCUGCUUUGAAGAAAGCGGAUAUUGGAAUUUCAAUGGGCAAGCUGGGCACCGACGUUGCGAAAGAGGCCGCCGAUAUGAUUUUGACGGAUGACGACUUCUCGACGAUCCUGAGAGCGAUUGAGCAGGGGAAGGGCAUUUUCUACAACAUUCAGAACUUUAUCACUUUCCAGCUUAGCACCAGUGUGGCAGCUCUGAGCUUGGUUUUGCUGAGCACUAUUCUGGGAUUCAAGAAUCCGCUCAACGCCAUGCAGAUUUUGUGGAUCAACAUCCUUAUGGACGGUCCGCCCGCGCAAUCGCUGGGUGUCGAGCCGGUCGAUCCCUCCGUCAUGACCCGUCCUCCGCGCCCGAAGACGGCUCGAGUCCUCACCAAGCCGCUCAUCCAGCGGGUGCUCACGUCGGCGCUGCUCAUCAUGCUUGGCACUUUGUUGGUUUACGUCCACGAGAUGGGCGAUGUUGAUGACGUUGACAAUCCCGGCAAGCGCUCGCGCAUCGUUACAGCUCACGACACGACCAUGACUUUUACCUGCUUUGUGCUUUUCGACAUGUUCAACGCAUUGACGUGCCGCAGCGAGGGCAAGUCCGUUCUGCGAGGGGAACUGCCCCUUUUCGGGAACAAGAUGUUCAACUACGCAGUGCUGGGCUCCCUGAUGGGCCAGGCGUGCGUCAUCUACCUCCCGUUCCUGCAGUCCAUCUUCCAGACCGAGGCCCUCGGCUUGAGGGACCUGUUCAAACUGGUAUGCAUUUCAAGCACGGUCUUCUGGGUCGACGAGGGGAGAAAGUAUCUCAAUGCAGUUAAGCGGCGCCAGGCAGUUGGUCCUGGUUACAGUGUUAAUGUUUGA